CAUGCUAAUCUGUGCUUUCAGUUGCCAUAGAAACCAUGUCGCAUCAACAAAUAACAAUGUUUAAUAUCUAUCGCAGAGAACAGUUUUGUCUAUGCAGUUUUUAAAAUAAAAAGUUAAAACUAAAACGAAUAAUUAUAGUAAUUAUACAAUAAUGGGACUUUUAAGUAUCCUGAAGAAAUUACGUUCAAAUAAUGAGCGAGAACUGCGGCUCCUAUUAUUAGGGUUAGAUAAUGCCGGAAAAACAACGACUCUAAAACAGUUGGCGUCAGAAGAUGUGACUCAAGUGACUCCCACUGCAGGAUUCAACAUAAAAUCUGUUUUAUCUAGUGGCUUUAAGCUAAAUGUAUGGGAUAUUGGUGGUCAAAAGAAAAUUAGGCCGUAUUGGAGAAAUUACUUUGAAAAUACAGAUGUUUUGAUCUAUGUAGUAGACUGUUCUGAUCAUCAAAGGCUUCAAGAAACAAGCUUUGAGUUAGCUGAGUUACUACAAGAUGAAAAGCUUCGAGGAGUGCCUCUUCUUGUAUAUGCUAAUAAACAGGAUUUAGCUACAGCUCUUCCAGCAAGUGAAGUAGCACAGCACCUGGGUUUACAUCUCAUUAGGGAUCGUACCUGGCAGAUACAGGCCUGUGUGGCCAUAGAUGGCACUGGAGUGAAGGAGGGUAUGGAGUGGGUAUGUAAAAAUAUACCUGUAAAAAAAUAAUUGGAGGAGAUCCUUUCGACACAGCUUCCUAUUAAUAGUAAUUCCAAUAAUUUAUUUUAAUCACCGUUAUUUACAACCAAGUCAAUAUUUAAGGUCUUAACUUACAAAGUCAGGUUAGAUAAUUUUUUUAUGGAACGGAGCAAAUGGGUAGAAGGCUCAGCUGAUGGUAACUGAUUCUGCCUCGCCACCAGCACAAUUCUAAAAAGUAUUAUUUAUUUUGUAUAGAAUAUAAAAGAUAUUUAAAGUGUUUCUUAGCAUAUUGAACCACAAAAAACAUAUUUUGUAGAAAUCAAGAAAUCUCAAAUCCGUCCAUGAAAUGUGGUAUAUAGGAAUCUAUAUAUUAUUAUAUAGCUUUUAGUUAAUUUAUUAUUAUAUAAUUAUACUUUAAUCAUUGAGGUUAAUGAAUAAAACUUACAUAAACAUCAUAACAUACUAUGUAAAGAUAUUACUUUAAUUAUUGCUAUUAUAAAUCUACUCGCACAUUAUUAUUUUAGAUUUACUUAAUAAUAAAUUUUAUAAAGAAUU